AUGGGCCAAGGACAGUCUUCUGCGCAUGAGGCGCCCUCUAACGAGGCGCCUGUCAAGCAGGAUUACUAUGAGCUACUUGGAGUAGAGAGGACAGCCACCGACGAUGAGAUCAAGAAAGCCUAUCGUCGUAAAGCUCUCGAGCUUCAUCCCGACCGCAACUAUGGCAACGAGGAAGGUGCUACGAAACUCUUCGCCGAAAUCCAGGCAGUCUAUGAGAUUCUAUCCGACCCUCAAGAACGAGCCUGGUACGACUCUCAUCGCGAUGUGUUGCUUCGAGGAGAAGAGGUCGGAGGUGCAGCUGGUGAAGAGUACUCGUAUAACAUGAAAUUGACCACAGCCGAUGAAGUCCUGAAAUUGAUGAUGAGGUUCAACAAGAACGUACAAUACACCGACUCCCCAAGUGGCUUCUUUGGAGGUCUGAACGAUUUUUUCAAGCAGCUAGCUAAAGAGGAGGAUAUAUCGUGUCAAUGGCAAGACCUAGACUAUGCAGACUAUCCGGAAUUUGGCGCUAAAGACGACGAUUACGAGGAUAUAGUAAGGCCAUUCUAUGGUGCUUGGGCUGGCUUUGCAACCAAGAAAAACUAUUCCUGGAAAGACCAGUAUCGACUCUCGGACGCACCCGAUCGCCGCAUACGCCGAUUGAUGGAGAAGGAGAACCAGAAGAUUCGAGAUGAGGCAAUAGCUGAGUAUAACGACGCGGUACGGUCGCUGGUUGCAUUCGUGCGUAAGCGAGACUCGAGGGUGCAGAAAAAUCAAAAGUCAGAGGCCGAGAGACAGAAAAUAUUACGGGAGUCGGCACAGGCCCAGGCGGCUAGGAUGAGAGCAAAGAGGCAAGCUGAGAUGGAGAAGAACGCUCAAGGUGGUAUCUCUUCAUGGGCACAUACACCUGCUAAAGACGAGUACGAAGGUGGAUUCUCCAGCGAGUCGGAAAUUGAAGAGCACGAAUAUGAUUGUGUAGUCUGUGAUAAGACUUUCAAAAGUGAGAAGCAGUUCCAUGCACAUGAGAAGAGUAAAAAGCAUAUCAAACUGUUGAAAGAGCUGAGACGUGACAUGAGGAAGGAGGGUGAAGACCUGGAUUUGCAGCCACAGGAGACCAUGCCACGAGAGGGGGUACCUGAGGAAGGUCGAGUUACAGAGGGGGACGACAAAGCAUCAGAGCAUGGUACGGCAAACGGAAAUAGAGAGUCAGACGACGAAGCAGACGGUUCCCAAGCACUAGGUGUUCACGAUGAGGAAGAUUCUCCGCCACCAGAUGUACAACCAGUCACAAAUGGAUCAAGCGAAGACGAUGAAGAAGGAGAAGCUCACGACGGCGACUACGCUCCUCGCGAGGCCGUAGCGGAUCGAUUGGCAGAUGAAAGCAGUGCGAAUAACCUUGCCAAACCGCUGAACGAAGUCAUACUGGACGACACUCCUGCAACGUCUGGUACAGAGACGCCAAAGCUAGGCAAAGCGAAGCAAAAGAAGGCGAAGAAAGCUGCGCAGCAGGCUCAGGCAUCUGUCGGAGCUUCAAAACACGCCUGCGCUGUAUGCGGCGAACAAUUUACCUCGAAAAAUGGGUUGUUCGAUCACAUUCGAGCUGAGGGUCAUACUGCCCCAAGGUAUGAGGUUCAGACCAAGGAAGGCAAAGGUGGAAAGUCGAAGAAAAAGAAAUGA